GUAAUUCCCGGUGUUUGGGCUCUGAGGGAAUCCGUUGCAGCUAAACGCGCCAUGUGAAUAUUUACUGCGUGUAGGUUUGACUUGUAAUCUCGUGACAGCUGAAUGGCACCAACCGCCCCGAAACCUUUUUGUUUUGGCAGCGCUGCCAUUGGCCGAAAGUUCUGCCGGGAGCUGAUUCUCAUGACAUCGGACUGCUCGCCGCCUUCUUUGAAGGUUCCUCCCAUUCUUACUUCAUACCGUCGGUUGUCCCGGUCUCCGUCAGUUUAGCUGCGUUACCUGCCACCGUCAGGGGCAGAGUUAGGUGGGAUGUAUUCCAGGGCAAGUGUGAGGGACUUCAGUUCUUCUGACGAGGACAGCCAGGAUCCGGAGUCGGCGGGGCGGACGACCGAAAAUAGCAAAACUCCUGUGACAACCCGUCAUCCUUUCAGCGUGGAAGCAUUAAUGUCGGGCAGGAAAACUCACUGCGAGUUUAGACCUGAUCACGUAUCGGUGGUUACGUUCUCCAAGGCCCGAGAGUCGUCCAACUUGUUCAGAGAUACGUGCAGUCCACCAGAGAGCCUCGGAAAGCGCUUCAUCCCACCGUCUCCGGUGAAGUCGGAAUCCUCGGAGGCAGAUGACUGCACGAGCUGGCUGGUGAACCCAACACAGACUCGUCAGGUGAGCCCCUCUUGUUCCCUGAGGAAACACAAGACCAACCGCAAGCCUCGCACACCCUUCUCCACCUCUCAGCUCCUGGCCUUGGAGAGAAAGUUCAGGCAGAAGCAGUACCUGUCCAUCGCUGAGCGGGCCGAGUUCUCUUCCUCCCUAGUGCUGACGGAGACCCAGGUGAAGAUCUGGUUCCAGAACCGCCGGGCCAAGGCCAAGCGGUUGCAGGAAGCUGAGCUGGAGAAGCUCAAGAUGGCCGCCAAGCCUUCGUUCCACCCCGCCUUCUCCCUGGCACACCCUCUGGGAGGGGGGCUGCAGGCCGCCAUGUCGCUGUAUGGACAGUCCUACCCCUUCCCCGUUCAUCAUCACCCCCGGCCACUCCUCCCCCUCUCCCCUCUUGCCCCCCUCAGCCUCUACUCCUCACCCCUGGGGUACAGCAUGUACCACCUCUCCUGACCCCCCCACCUCCCCCACCCCCGGACUGCAAUCUCAACAGCGACAAAGAUGAUAGCAAAAAUCAUCAUCUCAAUAAACAAAAUAAUAGUAAUGGUCAACGGACUUCCUAUCUAACCAGCUGGGGACUUCCUGUCUAACCAGAUAAGGACUUUCUAUGUCACCAUCUGAGGACUCUGCCUUAGCUGAGGACUUCCUGUCUCACCAGUUUGAGACAUCCUGUCUCAGCUGAGGACUUCCUGUCUUAGAGACACUUAACCAGGAAGCUAGAGCAACACAGCAGGAAGCAGCUGACAGUCGACACUCAGUGCUCAGGUGUGCCCAGUGCUGUUACAGGGUGUGUGGCUUGGGAGAACUGAGACACUGAAACACAAAGACAACCUAGACUGAUACAAGCAAGUAGGGCUCACCUCUGUCUUGGUCUCACUAGGUCUCUCUCUCAAUGUCUUUAUGUCUCUAUCUCUCUCAGUGUCUCUAUCUCUGUGUCUCUCUUUCAGUGCCCUACUCUAUGUCUCUCUCAGUGUCUCUGUCUAUCUCCCUCUCAAACAUCUCACGAACACAGCUGUUUGCAUCGACAUUUUUAAAUAUAUGAUCAUCAACAAAGCAGUCACAGUCAACCUGUUCAGAUAUCCACAGGUUGAAUGUGAUGAUAUGGUGUUGUGAAUACAUAUCAGCUAAGGGCUUCUCACACACUCAACAUGAAGCCGCCUUCCUGUUAUCUAGCAGAUGAAAAGGUAUGUCUUGUAAUGAGAUUUAGACUCAAGGGCUCAGUUAACCAGAUAGCUUCAGAGGUCUUCACGCCAAAGAUGUCUCCUUGUCACUUCCCUGGUGUUUUCUGGUUGUUUUAUAUCCAAUUUGAUUUUCCGCACUUCCUCAUUUAAUCUGUAUAUGCUUAUUUAUUGUAGUCUGACUUUACACUUGUAAUGCUGGAAUAUGCCAAGUCUGUAAGUGAAUCACAAAGUGUGCUUUUGACAUGUACAGUACGGAAUCAAAGAAGCGUUUUGUAGAAAGAAAAUCUGCAUUGCAGAUUGCUCUUUUGAAAGGAGCAGUUUUCUGCAUGUUUUGUAAGUGUCUUUUAUAAAGGGUAAUGUUUUUCACUGCAACCAAAGAAUUAAAUGCCUUACAAAAAACUUUCUGUGGUCUACUUGACUGUCCUGUAUACCACCCCCAGAUCACCAAGACGAACCUGUUCUCUUACGAUUCCCCAGUAUUACCAAAUUGUUGCAACCAUGGAGAUGAGAAGGAGACCUGUCUGGCCAGGACGUAGGGCACGUCACCAUAGCAACCACAAUAUACAGUAGAUGCAAUCUACUGAAGCUAGAACAUAACUUAAUGUCAACCUAGCCCCCUCUCCCUACUUC